UGUUUCUCCGUGCUCUUUUUUUUUUCGCUGAUAUUAUGGAAAGUUAAAGUUUAUACGCUACAGCUUUACAAUGUCAUGAGAAAUAUGAGGCGCGUCAUUUCUCCACCUUGAGCUGCAAGACGUCACCUUGAUCCUGCACACGAAUUUCUCCUCACCAGCCAUCAACUUUGUUCAGUAAGUUGCAACGGUAAUGACAGAGACACGCCCAAUUCUAUUUUACGAUAUAGCUUCGGGUCGACCUGUCAGGAGCUACGCGCCGAAUCCCACAAAAACACGAUAUGCGCUGAAUUUCAAGAAGGCUUUCUACACGACACAAUGGGUCGAGCUGCCAGACGUAGCUAAAACACGUAGAGACAUACUGAAAGUUCCACCGUCACGAUCCCAUUUCGAUGGUUCCGACUACUACACACUGCCAGUGAUUCAUGAUACUUCCAAUGAUACCAAGGUAGGGGACUCCUUCGAUAUCGCAGUGUAUCUCGAUGAGAUAUACCCUGCUCCAAAUCCUCCUCUGAUUCCUCCGAGUUCAGUAGCAAUCAUGCGUGCCUGGAACACAAAAUGCGAUGCAGUCUUUUCAGGCGCUAGCAAUACCUUUGGCUCGAUUGGUCUGAUGUAUGCUCACGGCUUGCCAUUCAAUCCAGAGACUGCAGAGCAGAGCAAAAGCAAUUUCGUCGCCAAGGUACCGGGCAUGACUUGCUGGGACGAUUUUGAUCUCAAGGGAGAGGCUAGAACAGCAACGCUGGAAGGUUUUCAACAAGAUAUGAAAGAACUUGGAAGCUACUUUCGUAAACGAGACGAGGGACCAUAUCUAGAGGGCAAGAUUCCCACAUAUGCUGAUUUGAUUUUAGGUGGCUGGUUGAAGCUCCUAAGCGUUGCUUUGCCGGAAUGGGAUCAAGUUGCAACGUGGGAUGAUGGGCUAUGGGGUAUGCUGCACGAUACGUUACAAAGAGAGUAUGGUCAAGAAUAGGGCUGUGAAAAUUCGUUUUCAGUGAUUCUUUUGAUAAUCGAUAUGACAUUAAUAAACCUUUCGGUCCAUGAGAUAUACGUUCUACUCGCAAGGCGAAAGACGUGGGGUGCCUGCAAAACGUCAGCCAUGCAGGAUCUUAAUUAUGAGAGCUCUGUCUAGUCACGUGUCAUGAAGAAUUAGCAAUGUAUUACUCG